CGUAAACUUGUCAUGUGAUUGUGGCGUAAACAGGAAGCAGCUGAUAGCUCAACUCUUGCCUGUGCCUGAUCCAUCAAGUAAUGUACACACCCGGAUUCCUUAAUUCCAAUAACCUAUGUGUGCUCUUGGUUAAACACAACUAAACUUUCUGUCCAGUUUGGCUGUGGCUCUGGUAAAAGUGAACACGUAGUGGCGAUUUGUGUCUCAGCUGAGGGCGAGGAAGAAGAGAGCUGGGCACAAGAAGUCACCUGAUCUGCAGCUCGGUGCAAACUUCCAUCGUGUCUUCUAAAGGGGAUGUCCAGUUCAGCCAUGAAGAAAAAGGUGUUAUUGAUGGGGAAAAGUGGGUCGGGAAAGACCAGUAUGAGAUCAAUCAUCUUUGCCAACUACAUAGCCCGAGACACGCGUCGCCUUGGAGCAACAAUUGAUGUGGAACACUCCCACGUGCGAUUUCUUGGCAACCUUGUUCUAAACCUUUGGGAUUGUGGAGGACAAGACACUUUCAUGGAGAACUACUUCACCAGCCAGAGGGACAACAUCUUUAGGAAUGUGGAAGUGCUUAUUUAUGUAUUUGAUGUGGAGAGCCGCGAGCUGGAGAAAGACAUGCAUUACUACCAGUCGUGUCUGGAAGCCAUCCUACAGAACUCCCCCGAUGCUAAAGUCUUCUGCCUCGUGCAUAAAAUGGAUCUCGUGCAGGAGGACCAGAGAGACUUGAUCUUUAAGGAGCGAGAGGAGGACUUAAAGAGACUGUCCCGACCUUUAGCUUGCACAUGCUUCAGGACAUCCAUCUGGGAUGAAACCCUCUACAAGGCGUGGUCCAGCAUUGUGUACCAGCUUAUCCCGAAUGUCCAGCAACUUGAGACCAACCUGAGAAACUUUGCGCAGAUUAUUGAGGCAGAUGAAGUCCUUCUCUUUGAGAGAGCCACUUUCCUGGUGAUCUCCCACUACCAGUGCAAAGAACAGCGGGAUGCUCACCGCUUUGAGAAGAUUAGUAACAUUAUCAAACAGUUCAAACUCAGCUGUAGUAAACUGGCAGCCUCUUUCCAGAGCAUGGAAGUGAGGAACUCCAACUUUGCAGCCUUCAUUGACGUCUUCACCUCCAACACAUACGUCAUGGUCAUCAUGUCAGACCCGUCGAUUCCCUCUGCAGCCACCCUCAUCAAUAUCCGCAAUGCUAGGAAACACUUUGAGAAGUUGGAACGAGUGGAUGGACCCAAGCACAGCCUGCACAUGCGAAUGCGCUAGCCGCUAUGUUGGUUUGUCCUGGCGGACCCUCUCAGCCAAUCAGCUCCCAAAUGUCUGCGCAGCUCUUUUCCAAAACACAAGGAGCCUUACAUCCUUGCCUCAUUAUGUCCUCACAUUCAAUCACACUUAAUAUGAGGAUUUUGUUUCCUGGUCAUUAAGUAUUGAGCAGUGUCAGUUUUCUUUUUUUUUUUUUCUUUUUUUUUUUUUUUUUUCCCUCGUCGAUUAAUUGGUUCUCCUGUGACAUAUUAAAGAAUGGAAAGAUGUGUUUACUCUGAAGAGGGAUAUUAUGAACCUCACUAUUGUAUACUGAAAACCCCAGUUAUCAGGGGGAUUGUGGUUUUUUUUUUCCUCCCCCUUUCAGUACUACUGCUCCAAUGUAUGUGUGCUGUUCUUGGAAAAUGCAAGCAAUAUAGUUUUAUUCAGAAAUA